GUCGACACCCAACUCGCCGCGCAACUCGACGCCAGCCAAACAGCCGCCAACACCUCGCCCUCCCCUGCGUCUGCGGCAUCAGGACACCAAUCCCACACUUGGCCACCCCCUCCAUCUCAGCGUCUCGCAUCGCUACAGUCGCGGUCAGCAACGGUCCGAUACGGUGGUGAACGAGGUCAACGAAGCGCUGGAAGAUUCCUGGCGCGUGGGUGGAGACGGGCUUCCAUUGAGCUUCUGCUGGCGGCAGAGUUUUUAGUGCGGGCGCCUUUGCUUUUUAUUGUGGCUCCGGGUCACCCCCCUACAUCGCAUCUUGACCUUUCUCCCUUUCUUGGACACGGCUCAUGACUGAGACUGCAGAGACACCAGACUUUAGCAACUGGGAUGCAGCACAGUGGGCCGAGGCGUGCUCCAUCUGCUUCUCGGCCAACUGCGAGAUUGCACUCCCUGAGUGCGGCGACCAGUUUUGCGGCGGCUGCCUCGGCAAGUACUUCCACGCAAAGAUCGAGAGCUCAUGGGGCCUCCGCGCGCAGCAGCUCGACUGUCCUGUCUGCCACGUGCCGGUGGACGAGGAGACCUGGACUGGCUUUGUCGACGAUGACCACGCUACAGCGUACCACUCGUUCCAGGCCGCCCGCGAUCGCGGCGUCGAGCGCUUUUGCCCGGCGCACGACUGCGGCGGGCGGCUGAUCAUUUCAAUGGUACCUACGUCCGAAGCGGAGCGCGAGGCAGUGCUGCGGACGACGCGCCGAGAGAUGCGCGCUGCAGGUGUGACGGCCGAGGCGAUGGCGGCGAUGGGUGCGGCCGCGGCGUCGUUUCGUGAUCUGCCCGAACACGCCACAGCGGCGCUCGACGCCGCAGUCGCAAGCUACUUUGCCGCUUUUGACGACGGCUUGUCAGGCUCAACGCUCACUGCUGAGGCCAAGGCACGGAUAUCGUCGGCCAUCAUUGGGCAACCUUCGUCGCCAGAAGUGCGCCGGGCGCUGGAGCUCGGACAUCUGGUCCGAUUCCCACGGGCGUUGUGUCGGGCGUGCGGGCGCCCGGCAUGCUCCCACUGCGGCUCGGCGUGGCACGAAGGCGAGACGUGCGAGGCGGCAGCGGAGCGGAUCGCGGCUGAGCUCGCCGACGCGCCCGAGACUGACGCUGCUGCGGCUGCCGCGCGCUCGCUUGCCUUUGUCCUUGCCUCGUCGAAGCGGUGCCCCCACUGCUCGGUCUUUGUCCAGCGCGACGACGGGUGCAACCGCAUGUCAUGUGUCGUCUGCUGCGGGCCGACCUGGUGCUGGGUCUGCGGCCGUACUUCAGCCGAGUGCACCUUUUACGCUUGCGCCAUCAACGGGCCCAACCCGGAGGCGGCGCCUCAUGCGCUCGCGGCUGCGCCUCCGGAGCUCGGCGUUCCGGACGUCACAUCUGAUGCGUUUGCAUCGUUCACAUCGCCCGAGGCUCCGCCGGCAGCACCGUCGACGACUGUUGAUGCCGCCGACAUCGUAGCUGCUCUUGCCAUGCCUCUUUCGAGUGCGAUCGUGCCCGAUAUCGACGAAGCCGAGCUGGAAGCGGAGCUGCAGGCGCUGGAAGCCGAGAUGCUGACAUAAACCCAUGUCACUUACCACA